UGUUGUUGGUAUAAAUUACCUCUCACUACAUGUACCUUGCCUGUCCUCUGAACUUUGAGACAGCCACAAGCAUCACUCAAAGAAAUGCAACAGAUUGGAAAUUAAACAAAGCAACUCUUUAGUACAACAACUAGUAAACGUCGUUUUCCACAAACCGCCUAGCAUGGAUGAUUACCACCUAUUCUGUGCAUCAUGCCGAAAAACGGGGAAAAAACAAACAACGAUGCUCUCACUGAUACUCUUCAUUCUGUCAUUGUUCAUGGUCGCAUCCCCCGUAAGAACAGGGGAGACUCUUUGCGGCGGAGAACUAGUGGAUACUCUUCAGUUCGUGUGUGGAGAAGAUGGGUUUUUUAUCGGCAGGCCGAACAGAUCAAACAGCCGCCGUCCUCAGAGUGGAAUAGUGGAAGAAUGCUGCUUUCGGAGCUGCGAGCUGCGUCUGCUGCAGCAGUACUGCGCAAAGCCCGUGAAGUCCGAGCGAGAUGUUUCCUCCAGCUCGCUGCAGGCCUUCACAGUAUCGCAGGCUCUUCACAAGGACAUCCCAGGAGGGCCUCUUGGUGUGAAGUAUUCCAAAUAUGAAGUAUGGCAAAGAAAGCCUGCCCAGAGAUUAAGGAGAGGGGUCCCAUCCAUCCUGCUUGCCAGAAAGUUUAGGAGGCAGGUGGAGAAAAUCCAAGACGAGGAGCAAGCCAGUUUCCACCGGCCCCUCAUGACCCUUCCCAACAGACAUCCUGCCAUCCUUCCACACAUUCAGAUCAACACGUCCCACAAAUGAUGGCCACCUUUCCCAAAUGGGAACAAAGAAGGGAUUAUAGCCAAGUCUUGGUCAGUAGAGGCACUUUUUUCAUGAGUCAUACCACUCGCCCACCGUCUUUCUCAAAUCCAGAUUAUGAACACUCUGUGUGUUAUCAGCCUUCGAAACACUAGAAGUUAACGUUGAAAGUGAAUGUAAUGGGACAAUAGAGAUGAAUGCAGUCUUGAUGAAUAUCAUGGGGAUGCCCAGAACUGAUGCUGAGGAAGCUGCCACAACGCAAAUGUCAAAAGUCUGCCGUCUGCAAAAGCAUUUAUGGUUCUGUCUUGCUUGCACCCUAUUUUAGAUGUCAUAUUUUAUGGAAUGAAUUUAUCGAGAUUAGAGUCCUUUACCUGCACCUUUAAAAUGCCACAACUGUGGCAUAAAGACAGAAGAAAAGUAAGGAAAAUGUUGGCUGGCUGUGCAAAGCCAAGGACUGAUGUUAACAGCACUAUUUUUAUGGACUGCUAAAUAUGAUAACAUUAUGGUGCUAACUUGGACUCAAAAGGAGUUUGCUAAAGAGUUUUUCCGUUUUAGGAAAAAAAUAAGAUUGUAUUCAAAAGACAAUUCAGUAAGACUGGUUGUUUGGAGAUGAGCUCAACCAGGAAAAACUGUAUCUGUUCUUGGCUGUUCA